CGUCAUGUUUUUCCGAUAUGUCUGUGUAACCUAAAAUUGGGGGAUCUGUCAAGUUGAAGAAAAUAUAGAUAAUGAUAACAAAAUUUCUUAAACAGCUGAUUCCAAAAAAUCUGACAUUGGUCAGCUGUUAUCAGUGGCUCAAAAAUUAAACAAGGUAAGACAAGCUACUGAGGUGUUAAAUGUCGAGUUACAAAGACAAGUAUUCGCCAAUCAUGAGGAUUUUUUAUCUCAAGCAACGUAGGUCGAAAAAUUGGAAGGAGUGCUUUUUAUAAUACAGUCUCAUAUACAGAAUCUUUUGUCAGCAGUCGAAAGAUUAUGUGGGAAAAUUGUUGAUACAUUUAAUAGAAUCAAGAUGCAAACAAUUGUGCUAACACGGCUUCACGAAACUUCUGAUUUUCUGAGAAGAGUUGCCAAAAUGCAACAUUUAUCGAAGCGUUUGAAUUCUCAAAUGAGCAGUAUACUCAAGGACCAGAUAUUGUUAAAGCUGCCAACAGUUUGCAUAAACUUGAACAAUUAAUGGCAGACAUUGAUCGCAGAUGACCAACAAGCUGUAAAAGCUCAGAGAGCUACUGUACAGAGAAUAGCUACUCAUACAUUAAUGCAAGGUUUACAGACGAUGAACAGGACAAAGGUAAGCAUAGCUGUGCAGGUCUUUUAAAAUUUGAGAAUAAUUGAUGCUUCAUUAAUUAUUCCCAAGUUUACGAUCAUAGAGAAACAGCUCUAAUGUAUGUUUGUAUAUUGCAAGAUGCAAAAUUUGUCACCAAAUUUAUAAAACAUGUACAUGACAUUAAUAUCUGUGACAGUGAUUGGAAAACUGUUUCAAUCAGUAAUUAUUAAAGUAUUUCUCCUGUAAAUCUUCAAUUCGGAUAUAGGCAUUGAACUAUAUUACUGUAGCUAACAAGUUUGAUAUCAUUAAAAUUCUUUUGGAAUACAAUGCAGAUAUUUCAUUCCUAGACAGAAAGCAAGAUGUCUCUCUGCCAAGACGUCUAGUAAUUCCUGUAGAAAUUCUUUCUCUGUUGGAAAGAAUAGACUCCAUAGUUGUGUCCACAGAAACUAAUAUAGAUAAAAUAAAAAAUGAAGUAAAAUAAAAUAUUAGGUAUAAAUUUUCUCUGUUGAAAAAGAAACAAAAAUAUGACAUUUUGGAGCAUAAACUGACAAACGUCAAGACGUAUUCCAGAUUCUGGUAUAUAAAAUGAAUUCGCGAUACGGUUCUGUUAUUUUAGUCAAUGAUUAUGACGUCGUUUGGCGGGGAGGUGAUAGGAUGAUAAAAGGAAUAAAGCAGUGAGUGCGCUGAUAAAGCUCAGAUAUCGUGCGGCCGGGUGAUGGAUCGUCAUCCAUGCGCUGUUGAUUGCUGACGAGUGUCAUUACUUGUCGUUUUAUUUCGCGAAAUCCGUCCGUCUAAAAUAUUAAAUAACGCGUAAUCGUGUGUGUUUCCGGAAGUGUCGAUUAAGCGGAGCCACAACAAGCAGAAUUGUCUCGUUAGCGCGAACAAAACGAGUAAUAACAUCAUAUAACGGCGAACACAAAUGAAUAAGAUUUUGAAAUAAGUGAUUAAAAGUAUCAAUUAUGGAAAACUACACGUCGGACUCCAGCGACUCGGAUUCUAGCUUGAGAACGUUGGAUCUAUCGUAUCUAUCACUGGAUGACGAAAUAAUGGAUAAACAGUUCCUUAAUAUUAAAUGCCCGGAGAACGUGGACACUUUAUUAUUGAACCAGAACCGUUUGACAAAUUUUCCUAUUAAUAUCAAUAGAUUUACCAGUCUCAAUUCCCUCGAUAUCUCGAAUUGCGGCCUCACCAAAUUGCCAGAUUUUUGGCAAAAUUGCUCCUUGACUUGCUUAAUCGCAAAACACAACAGCCUGACCAACGAUGGAUUGGCUAAAGAUUUUGAAAAUUUGGCUAAUUUGAGAGAACUCAAUUUAAGUGGCAAUAGACUGACGGAAUUUCCUCAUCAAGUGCUCGAUCUAGCUGUCUUGAGAUACCUUUAUUUAGGUGGUAAUCGUAUCAGUGAGAUUACCAAGGAUAUUUGGAAACUACAAAGGUUACGAGUUUUAUCGUUGGGGAACAGAUUAACAGAGGUACCGUCCACUCUCAGUGAACUCAAAGUCCUGCAAGCUCUUGUGCUUUGUGAUAAUAUGUUGGAAAGCUUGCCAGGCUCGAUAGCUAAUUACAAUUUAAAAACUUUAUCACUUCAUAAAAACAGAUUGCGCACAUUGCCUACAGAAAUAAUAACACUGAAAUGUCUCACAGAGUUAUCUCUACGAGACAAUCCACUGGUGGUGAGAUUCGUAUCCGAUAUGACGUACAAUCCGCCGUCCUUAUUAGAAUUAGCAGCACGUGCCAUUAAAACUAGCGAUGUUUGCUACGAUGAUGAGAGCUUACCUCGGAACCUAGUGCAAUACCUUAACAGUGCUCAUCAUUGUGUCAAUCCUAAGUGCAAGGGCGUCUUUUUCAAUAAUCGCGUGGAGCACAUCAAGUUUGUUGAUUUCUGCGGCAAGUAUCGCUUACCUUUACUACAAUAUUUAUGCAGCAGCAAGUGCAUCGACUUACGCGACAGCGAUGAGGAGCUAGUUAGCGGCGCAAUGAUUAGAAAGGUUCUUCUUGGCUAAAGAGAUCUCGAGGAUAUAUUUUUCUACGAUGCUGAAAAAGUUCCAGGACCAUUCCUCACUUUCUUCAUUUUCUCUCACACUGAAAAAGUUCAUUUUUACUUCCUAAAAUCUUUGUUUGUUCACUAAUAAUAUUCCAGAUUGCAAAUAUAAUGUACGUCAUUUUGACGUCGAAUGAUGUCAUGUAUUUGCUACUUAAGAUAAAAACUUAUAGAUAGAUUGUAUUAAUAUAGAGAGAAAAUGCUGCACAGUACAUUUAAUAUUACAUACACUUAUGAAGACGCGAUGCAUU